AUGUUGAAAUGCCAUAAGAACAAGGAUUUCCAGGGAGAUCUCACCUCCUACAUGAACCAGUGUGAGCUGUCAAAUCUACCACAAAUUGUGCCUCACUUGAUACUUCCUGUCACCGCAAGAACUGAAUUUGAUCAUAACUGGACUUGUAAGUCUUGGAGAGAAGUGUUUCAGUUUAAGUCCAAGACUGCUAAGGUUCCUAAUUCAUAG